AUACGGUGACGUUGGAACGGCCCGAGCGUUUGGAGCAGGAUGAGGAAGUGCUUGGAUAGUGAGGAGGGUCAGAGAGAGAGAGGGGAUUUGGGUUAGCGAGCGAGUUUGCACAGAGACAGACGAAACAAACCGACGUUUGUGCAACGUUGAGGCGCGGCUCCGGGCUUCUCCUUGGGUACGCUGCGCAGGGCUGGGGCUCCCCGCUAAAGGUACAAGUGUAAGGGACUGAAAUCGAGGUUGGGACGACGAGCAAUCAAUACGGAUAGUUUUUUUUUCUCUGCUUUCUCUCCGUAUCUGUUCGAUCCUCUGAUUCUCGGUCUUUUUUCUCCCGAUCGUCACUCUACUCAUCUUUUCUCCUGUGUCUGUCCCGAGCGAGUGGUAGAAGUAGAGGGAAUUGCGCUUCGUCAGAGCACAAGAUGAAUAUACCGACAGGGAGUGAAAUCGGGAGGUUCAGCGCCAAGAAAAGCCUGUUGCCCGCUUGCAACGGGGAGCCGCAUCUGUGUCCCCCGAGUGUGUCUAAUUCACGCGUGUAACUGACACUCCCGCUGAGGGUGAAACAGCAUGAAGACGCCCGAGUCCUUGAGUGCUUGGAGCUGCCGAGCUGCCGGUCUUAGUUGGUGUAUCUGCGCACGGAGGGCCUGCCCAGGUGUUGUCUCGCUAUCUAACCUCUCCCUCUCUGCCCCGACACACGCUGGUUUCUAAUAAUAGAUGACACACGCCAAUGUGUCACCUUAUUUAUACCUGAGCCGUUUCCAGGAAGUACCUUUACAGUAAGUGCGCCAAACAGUCUGGAAAACAGCCUCCCUGAAGAGAUCCGGGCAGCAGUUAUAGAAAACGCGUCACUUUCGAUUUAGCGUUCAAACUCGCCGCGGCCACGGUCGUUGUCUAUGGUCAUCACUUUAGGGCAGCAGCCCCUGAACGAGAUUCCGGUCGCUUCUGAUUGGGUGAGAUAUGGCCACAGGGGGCGGAGAGGACCCCUGGAAGCCGAGUCAGAAUGAAGACAGCCGUGAGAGCCCGUCCCCAGAAACAGAGGAGAAUGUGGUGCAGGAGACAGAGGAGGUCUUCUGCAGCUACGUCUACUACCGGUACAACCAGGAGCGGGAGCAGGAUGGAGACAAGCUGCCCAGGGACCCUGAGAUCAUGGCACUGCACCUCAACAGCACCAGCACCAUGUCUCGAGUUGGGCAGCAGCUGGCCAUCAUUGGCGAUGACAUCAACAGGCGCUAUGACCUCAGCUUUACUAGCAUGCUGUCCCAUCUGGCCCUCACGCCCGAGAAUGCCUACAACUACUUCUGCAAGAUUGCCAAGAGCCUGUUUGACUCUGGAAUAAACUGGGGUCGUGUGAUCGCCCUGCUGAGCUUCGGGUACCGCAUGGCACUGCACGUCUUCCAGCAGGGCAUGACGGGCUUCCUGAGCCGCAUCGCCCGCUUCAUCAGCGACUUUCUGCUGCGGCACCAGAUCGCUCAGUGGAUCGCACAGCAAGGAGGCUGGGUGGCUGCGCUGGAGCUGGACAAUGUCUAUGUGAAGUACAUGCUGGCUCUGCUGGCAGUCAUCCUCCUUGGUCAGUUCAUCGUCCGACGAUUCUUCAGCUCCUGACGGGAAUUGGAGGUUGGAGCUGGACUCUUGCCACAUGUGACGCCCAGACCUUUGACCUCUGACCCCUGGGACCAGGCUAGGGACUGCCGCUGUGCGCAGGGACUGACACUUCUGCAGAGGGAGAGAUUGAGGGAUCCAGAGAGAGGGGGAUUAGCAGGAGAGAGAGGGUAGAGGUAAAGUCAGAUGGAGGAAUAAACUGUGGGGGAAAAACACUAUUUACUUGGCAUUAUAGAAACAGUUCUGUUUUCAUUAGAGAUCAGGGAGCAAGGGAUAUUUUUUAUAAACGUGGAAAAUGAAACCGUAACAGUUGCAUUUGCUACCCCUACCCUCUCUCCCUCAGUCCUUCUCUCCACUCUUGCAUGCCAAGAAGCAGUGCAUUUGUUUCAGGGGACUAUAAAACAAAUCAGGGAUAAAUGUCAGGACAGAUUAGUUUUAUCUAUUUUUAUUUCGAUUUGUCACAUGGAUACUUGAUGCUACUGGCUUGCCUCGCUUCCAGAAUCUCCCUGUUCCAAGGAGAACAACACCUAUCCCUUUCCGCCAUGAGAAUCUGUAAACUGAUUCACUGCUUCUGUGACCCCGCUAUAUGUGACCGCUGCCCAGCUGCGGACGGCCUCCCACUGGGCUUGAGGUCAUCAUGGCCAUCCCUGCAGCCAGUCCCCUUGAACCCUGGGCACCCCAAGUCCGGAUGGACGUGCCCCCUCAACCACUGCAGGACACAGUGAGGGGUCUGGUUGCCCAGGAGUACUGCUGUGGAACGGAAUCACAGGUACUCUAAAACUAAACCGGCACAUUGCCAAACCCCUGUGUCCCUCUGCACUGUACAUUUCACUUCCUUUCACCUCGACAGAGUCGCCAGCUCGCCACCUGACUCACCGCGCCUCCUAGCGGCUGGGCAGCAGUGUGACCGGAAGGAAUCUUUUAUGCAGGAAUGUCUGUUUACUUCAGAAUUUAUCAUCUUUAUGCCAUUUAUACUACCAGUUUUAAACCUAUAACGUUUCUGUGGAGUCUGCCUGUGGAGGAGUUCUGAAGAGGAACUUCAGAACUCAUUUUUGAGUACUUCAUUGUCGAAUGUGAUGUAAAAUGCACAAAAAUAACGAUUAUGAAAUGCAAGAUGAUUUUUUUUUAAACUUCAUCAACACAAAACAAGACUUUGUUUUGCAGUGGUGUUAAAUGAGUUAUUCACGAUACAGUGGUAAUGAGGACACAGAUAUCAGAUGGAGGUUUCAGGGCCUCUGGGUUUCCGUGCUGCAGUAAGAAUGCAGUGCAAAGAGGGGCGCUGUGCUCUGCUGUUCUCUCUGGCCUCUUGCCUCUCGAGUUUCUUCGACAGAGCAAAGACCCGAACAGCUCGCCCUCUCCUUCUGCAUUCGGUCUAGAUCUCCAGCCCAGAGUUGCUCCCACGGGGCCUGGUGCCGUGUUCCUGUUACUUUUCUUCUAGACCUUUUCCUCAAGAUGGAAUCACUCCAGUCUGGAUCAGGGAUCUCCCCACCUUGUGCCUCCGUUCGUCUUGUGUGUCUUCGGAGAGUGCUGGAGGCUGUUUUUAUUGUAUUUUACACCCGGUAAAGGGUUGAAUUUCAGUUCCAUGUCUUGGUUCAGGUGAAUCAUGCGUGUCGGACGUGGUGCAGGCAGUGUUAGAGAGCUGUCGCGGCUGGUUCCUGUCCCGAGAAGUGGAGAACAGAGUUCUGCACACCAGCUGUUUAGAUACUGUAAGCUAAAGAGAAUCAGGGCUUUGGAGUCUUGUCGCUGAGAAGGAAGUGGCAGAGAGACUGGGCUCUAACAGCACUGAUUUUAAAACAAUUUUGCACAGUUGAGUAAAGAAAUAACUAGUAUUUUAUAUUAAUAUUGUUAAAUGAAUAUCAUGGAUAUUGUUUUUUUUAAGUUUGGUGAAAUCGAGCUGAGUGUCGUUGAGAAUCUUUUUGAGUUUCUUUGGAGCUAAUGCAGGGCGGCUGAAAACCACAGUCCUGGCUGCUGCAGCUAUUCAGACAGCAGGCCUGUGCAUCGCCAGCACAGCUGGGCCAACAGGGCUACCCGUUACACGCCUGGAGGCUUAAUGAUGCCAGUAAGUAAAACCGCACAUCAGCAAUGGCAAUAAUCCCUUUUGAUAAAGAAGGGAGAAACUGUGAACAUGCGCUGUGGAAAGAAAGAACAGCACAAAAGGGACAGAUUUGUGUGAUGUAGCAAUGCCUGGCACCUCUAGCAGUGCAGAAUUUCCCACACAGGGUGGACAUCUUGUCCUUAUUCUUUCCAGCACAAGAAGCCACUGACAGCGUCUUCCUUUUCAAAAUGUGAUUGAAAACGGUUUAAAACUGAUUUUUUUUUGUUUACCUUGAAUGAAUGCCUUUGUGAGCUUUCGGGCAACUGCAUGUGUAACUUUUUUCUUGAAUAUUAAAACAAAAUUUGUCAUACUGUUGUUGAUAGUGUGGUGUUUAUAGUACCAGACACCUUGGAAUCUGUCAUGAGGCUGAAGUCUUCUGUCUGUUCUAGCCUGGUUCACUCUGAUUAGUCUCCUCACUGCAGGUUAAAGGCUGUGUCUGUAAAGAAAACCUGAUCCCAAUUAAAAAUGAGAAUGUUUGAAA